AUGAUGGAGGCGGUCAGUGCCACCUCGCUGGAUCCCCCCCAUGGUGUCUCGGAGUGGGCCAUUUCCGGGCUGCACGAGGCCCCCGCGACGACGGUGCGGCCCAGCCGCGUCCACGAGUCGGUGCUAUCCGUCGAGGGCAGGGUCGUCGACGCCAAGGAGCUCGGCGGCCAUGCGACGAAGCCGGGCAUGAGCGCCGCGGGCGUGGUGCUCAUCCAGGCCACGCGGUUCUGGGUGCGCGACGACGCCGCCAACGACGACGCCAGCCACGUUGCGCUCGACAAGCUCCGGCCGGUCGCGCAGCUCGGCGGCAUGUCCUACGGGCGAAUCACGUCGACGUUUGAGCUGCCCAGGAAGCGAUGGGCGGAUGAAAAGGCAAACUCUGCGCUGUUGUCUAGCCUCGAGUCGCACCAAGAGUAA